UUUUUCAGAUUUCAAAUAUCACCUAAAACAUCGAACGACAAUAACUGUCAAAUCGUUUUUGAUCGUAAGGGGAAUCUCUUCAGACUAAAUUCUAGCUUGCCUUCGAUAAAUUAUUUUAGUUUUGAUUGAAAAUGGGCAUUUGGUAUGCUAAAAGAUGUGAACCUGUUGUUCAAGGCAGUGUGAUAAAUUUAUCCAACGAUUGUAUACAAUUCAUUGAGACUGGAAAGGCGCCACGAAAAACAGUACUGAAGAAAAAUUUUCCUCUAGAAGAAGAAAAAUAUUUUACAACAAUGAGAGCUAUUGACGAUGCCCAUUCAAGAAGUUCAGGCGUCAAUUUUGAAAGUUUCAAAAAAAUGGCAAAUUCUUUAGAGGCUACUCUAACAUCAAACAAAACUGUUCCUUGUGCCAAAAGAAGGCUACUCAAUUGCUUGAGAGAUAAUGAAUUCUGCAUGAUAAAAUGUCGUAAGGAAUUAGAGAAAUUCAUUGACUGUGUAGAUGCGCUGCGUGUUGAAGUUAUGAAGAAAAAGUAUAUGAAUGGCACCAAAGAGGAACAUUCCAAGAAAUCUGAUCUGGGUGAGGGUUCAAAAUGUCCUGGACCGAAGAAAAAAAUUUACCUUUCUGACUAAUAACAAAUAUAUUUCACAAUCUUAAAUUAUCUAAAUAAAUGUUAACGCUUU